AUGAAAACCAUUGGCGUGCUCGCCUUGCAAGGUGCUUUCCUGGAACACGAAUGUUAUUUGAACAAAUGCAUUGAUAAAAAUGACUAUGAUAUAAAAGUUCAAACUGUUAAGACACCUGCGGAAUUAGAGCUCUGCGACGCGCUAAUAAUUCCAGGAGGUGAAUCAACAGCUAUUUCUCAAAUUGCAGAAAGGACCGGCUUAUAUGAGCAUCUCUAUAAUUUUGUCCGCGACAGAAAAAAGGCUGUGUGGGGAACUUGCGCCGGUUUGAUAUUUUUGGCGAGUGAGCUGCGUAACGAAAGCGAGUUGGUUAAGACCUUGGGUAUCCUCAAGGUAUCUGUUGAAAGAAACGCAUUUGGAAGGCAGUCGCAUUCUUUCGUAUCAGAAUGUGACUUUUCAUCCUUCUUGCCCGAAGGAAAUUCAUUCCCUGCCGUAUUCAUACGAGCUCCUGUUAUCGAUCAUGUGAUUGAUGAAAGGAACGUUAAGGUCCUCCAUAAAUUAACCUCUCCUCAAGGUAGUGAACUUAUCGUAGCAGUGAGACAGGGAAAUAUACUUGCAACGUCUUUCCAUCCUGAAUUAGCAGAUGACAUUAGAUUCCAUGAGUGGUUUAUAAACGAGUUCGUCAUAUGA